AUGCAGCAAUUAGGCCUGAGUCAGCCCCGGGUGGCGGCGGGCCCGCGCAGCGCGCUCCCGGGAGGCCGCGGUGGGGGCGGGGGAAAGGCGGGGGAGCGACGAGGAGGAGAGGACGCGGAGCCCGGCCCCGCCGCCCGCCCGAACUGCGCCACACACACACACGCGCGCGCGCGCGCGCUCACAAACACACUCACACGCGCGCGCGGGUCACGCGGCGCGCCGCCAUCUUGUGUGGCCGCCAUCUCCCCGCCGGCCCGAGCCCGCCCGCUCGCCGACUCACCGUUUUCGUCAAAUAAAGACAUAAACCCAACGCUGCUCGCCCGGGACUGGGAUGAAGUGAGGCGCGCGAACCCGAGUCCGAGGAGAGGCGGCGGAGGCAGCGCAGCGAGCAGCGGCCGGGCCAGGCGCCGCCGAGCAGCGGGGAGGGGCUGUCCCAGCGACGUCCGGGGUCCACACCCUUCAGCGCCCGGGGCCUGGCGACCUGGCACGGAGAGACGGCGCAGUGAGCUGCAGGCGUCGGGGCGCCUUCCCCGCCAGCCAGCGGCCCGCGGGGGUCGAGGGGGCGGGGAAGACGGGGGAGGGGGCGCGGGGCUACCGCCUCUCCACCGGACUCACCUCUGGAAUGUUCUCGCUCUGACUGAACAACGCCGCCGCCGCGCUCAAGCUACCCUCGACCCCAGCGCCCGCCCCCCGCGCCAAGCGGCACAGCCCAUUGGCUGGCAGUCCGCCCGAGCUCGCUCGUCAUUGGCCUGCAUGCCGCGUCUGUCGCGUCUUUCCCCGCCCUUUCUGCUUCCUGAGGCUCCACUCGCCGCCUCCGCCCGCCCCCAGACCCGCGUUCCGGCUUCCCUCUCUCGUUCUCCCCUCCCCCGCUUUUCCCAGAGGCCUUCGCGGUCUCGCGAGAGUGGGCGGGCCUCAGCGGCGGAGAUCCGCCGCUACACUGCGCUCUGUCGGUUUGGGUGCCGGGGAAGAUGGCGGUUGGUACCCCCUCCCCCGCUGGCUGUGUCGCGGCCCCCGAGGGCGUGUUCCCUCAGAUGUUCCCGAGACGGGUGCGGGAACUCUCGGGGGCUUCUCACUGUCUCUUCUUUUCCGGGGACCCUCGUCCUCCAAUCUUGA